CCAAACCUCUUGUGCUUGUUCGUCUCCCGGCGGCGUCUUCCUCUUUACUCCCUUCCCUUCCCGCAUUCGCGGUCAUCUACUCCUACUCCACUCAUCCAUCCGCUUCUCACCUCAGCGCUUCCCACUGCACCAGCAGCGGCAGCCCGCGCGGCGCCAAAACACAUAAAAAUCCCAGCUGCCCUCCCUCCUCCCACGCCGCGCUGCCCGACCCGAUCGCCAUGCGCGCGGCGGCUUCCUCUUGGCGCUUGUAGAUGGGCUCGUCCUCCCUCCUCCUCUUCCCCUCGUCCUCCUCCGCCGCAUCCCCUGCUUAUUCCCAUGCCACCGCCUCCACCUCCUCCCACUCCUCCUUAUUGCCGCCGCUCCCCUCCCCCCAAGACCACCACCUCCUCCAGUACCUACACCACCUAGACCAACAGCAGCAAGAAUCCGCCGCCAUGGUCCGCAAGCGCCCGGCGCCCGACAUGGACCUCCCGCCGCCGCGCCGCCACGUCACGGGCGACCUCUCCGACGUCACGGCCGCCGCCGCAUCCGGUGGUGGUGCCCCGCCGCCGCAGUCGGCUGCCACCAGCGCGCAGCUGCCCGCGCUGCCCACCCAGCUCCACCUCCCCGCGUUCCAGGCCCAGCAGCAGCACCACCACCACGCGGAGGUGGACGCGCCCCCGGCGGGCGAGGUGGCGGCGUCCACCACGGCGUGGGUGGACGGCAUCAUCCGCGACAUCAUCGGCAGCAGCGGCGGCGCCGUGGUCUCCGUCGCGCAGCUCAUCCACAACGUCCGCGAGAUCAUCCACCCCUGCAACCCCGGCCUCGCCUCCCUCCUCGAGCUCCGCCUCCGCUCCCUCCUCAACGCCGCCGACCCCGCCGCUCCACUGCACCAGCCUCUCCCGCAUCCUCCUGCUCUCCCGCCGGUGCCCGCGCUCCCUCCUCCCCCGCCGCCCCAACUCACAGUAACAGACAAGCGCCGCCACGAGCCUCAGCAGGUGGGGGAGCCGACGAAUCCGUCACCGCAGCAGGAGGAGCCCAAGCCGCCAACAGCGGAGGAGACCGCCGCGGCAGCAGCCGCAGCCGCCGCCGCUGCUGCCGCGGCCGCCAAGGAGAGGAAAGAAGAGCAGCGGCGGAAGCAGCGCGAUGAGGAGGGGCUACACCUGCUGACGCUGCUGCUACAGUGCGCCGAGGCGGUGAACGCCGACAAUCUUGACGACGCGCACCAGACGCUGCUGGAGAUCGCCGAGCUCGCCACGCCCUUCGGCACCUCCACGCAGCGCGUCGCCGCCUACUUCGCGGAGGCCAUGUCGGCGCGCCUCGUCAGCUCCUGCCUGGGCCUGUACGCGCCGCUGCCGCCGGCGUCCCCGGCCGCGGCGCGCCUCCACGGGCGCGUCGCCGCCGCGUUCCAGGUAUUCAACGGGAUCAGCCCGUUCGUCAAGUUCUCGCACUUCACGGCGAACCAGGCGAUCCAGGAGGCGUUCGAGCGGGAGGAACGGGUCCACAUCAUCGACCUGGACAUCAUGCAGGGGCUUCAGUGGCCGGGGCUCUUCCACAUCCUCGCCUCCCGCCCCGGCGGCCCGCCCAGGGUGAGGCUCACCGGCCUCGGCGCGUCCAUGGAGGCGCUCCAGGCCACGGGGAAGCGCCUCUCCGACUUCGCCGACACGCUCGGCCUGCCCUUCGAGUUCUGCGCCGUCGCCGAGAAGGCCGGCAAUGUGGACCCGGAGAAGCUGGGCGUCACGCGGCGGGAGGCCGUCGCCGUCCACUGGCUCCAUCACUCGCUCUACGACGUCACCGGCUCCGACUCCAACACGCUCUGGCUCAUCCAAAGGCUGGCCCCGAAGGUGGUGACAAUGGUGGAGCAGGACCUGAGCCACUCGGGCUCCUUCCUGGCGCGCUUCGUGGAGGCCAUCCACUACUACUCGGCGCUCUUCGACUCGCUAGACGCCAGCUACGGCGAGGACAGCCCGGAGCGCCACGUCGUCGAGCAGCAGCUGCUCUCCAGGGAGAUCCGCAACGUGCUCGCCGUCGGCGGCCCGGCGCGCACCGGCGACGUCAAGUUCGGCAGCUGGCGCGAGAAGCUCGCACAGUCGGGGUUCCGCUCGGCGUCGCUCGCUGGCAGCGCCGCCGCUCAGGCCUCUCUGCUCCUCGGCAUGUUCCCCUCCGACGGGUACACGCUCGUCGAGGAGAAUGGCGUGCUGAAGCUCGGCUGGAAGGAUCUUUGCCUGCUCACUGCAUCUGCUUGGCGCCCAAUUCAGACCCCGUGCCGUUAAAUCUGAGAGCAAAAUUAUUACUAUUACUACUAGAUCUCACUUGAGGUUCUUGCCCAGAUCUUUUGCCUCUGUUUAGCUAGCUGCUCAAUUUGGUCAAUUCUGAGAUUAGGAAAAUGAAAACAUUUCUGAUCACUAAUUGCUAGAUCUCUUCACAGUGAUAGUUACUGAUGUAAGCUUAGUUUUUCAUGGUAGAUUUUGUUCCACUGUCGAUCAUCUUCAUCAAUCUUUCCAAUCAGUCAAGUUUUCAUCUUCA